AUGGAGCGCCGGAAAACGAUGACCAUGAACUGGGCGGGCCUUGGCGGCGACGACGACGACGAACACUUCUUCGAGUCCAACAACCGCCUCUCCACCGCCGUCCCCUACGACCUCGCCUCCUCCUCCGACGAAGAAGAGGAUUUCGAAGACAGUCGUCUCUCCUUCGCCUCCACCAUGUCCUCCGUCCAAUCCAUCAAGCCUCGAAUGUCCAACUUCACCGCAAACUUCACCGCCAAGCCGAACUACGACGUCUGGAUGGCCGCGCCGGGAUCCAUCACCGAGCGCCGCCGGCAGUUGCUCGGAAGCAUGGGCCUCGACGACAACAAGGAGCUCCUCCAAGCCACCAGCGCCGCCAUCGCCCGCGCCAUCACCAGAAAGUUCGAAAACAACAACGACAACAAUAACAUCAACAAUAAUAACGGCAACAAAACCAAAAAGAUAAACAAAAGCAACAAUAAGACCGUCAAGAUCAACUCCAUCGCAAAAACCACCAAAAGCAUCGCUAACAAAACAAUGAAUAAGAAUCCAACCAUUCGCAUUGAUAAACAGAAAACAAAAGCGCCGCGCACCGCGCCUGUUUUCGUCCUCGUCCGGUCACGGUCCGAGGGCGACAUCGAUUCUUUCUCGAUGGAGAAAGCGAGGAAAGAUGACCUAAUUGGAAAAAUUUCAAAACAGCGGUUAACAAGAACCGCUACUGAGGUUACUCGGCGCAAACAUUCAUGCGCCGAGAAAAAACGAAUAGUGGUGAAGGAUGUAUCUGGCGAUUCGACGCAGUCGAAUCGCCAGUUAACCACUCCUGUUGUUUCCUCAGUAGGCGCGUUUUUCCUGAUAAAGAAUCUGGACACGGGAAAGGAGUUCAUUGUGAAUGAAUACGGCGAAGACGGCGCGUGGAAUAGGUUAAGCGAUUUGCAAACGGGGAAACAGUUAACAAUGGAGGAGUUCGAGCGUACCGUGGGACAUUCCGCGGUUGUUAAGGAAGCGAUGAGGCGCGCGAACCGUAACGAUAAGAAGCUUUCUUCGAACUCCUACAUCUCCAAGAGUUUGAGGCUGAGCAAGCGUAGAGGCGCGUCGUUGCUGAAGAAUAUAAAAGGCGUGGCGAGUGGAUUCGUCGGGGAGCGUGAGCGCGAGGCGACGCCUGCGGCGGGGGGGCCUGCUGCUGCGGCGGCAGCGCCGGAGGGGCAGAACGAGUGGGUGCGCGUGCGGCAGACAGGGAAGUCGCAGAAGGAGCUUUCGGCGUUGCAUUUGUGUCAGGAGUUUCAGGCGCACGAGGGGUGCGUGUGGACGCUUAAGUUCAGUUUGGAUGGGAAGUAUUUGGCGAGUGCGGGCGAGGAUAAGGCGAUACACGUGUGGGAGGUGCAGGAGUGUGAGGUUAUGCCGAUGAGGCCUGAGGAAGGGAACGCGGCGCCGUCGCCGAUUCAUCCCUCGCUGCUCAAGAAAGGGAAGAGUGGGAGCAAGAGAGGGGGCGCUAUUCCGGACUUUGUUCAUGUUCCGGAAACUGUGUUUUCGCUCUCUGACAAACCGUUUUGUUCCUUCAAUGGUCAUUUGGAUGAGGUCUUGGAUUUGUCUUGGAACAAAUCUCAGCAACUUCUGUCAUCUUCCAUGGAUAAGACAGUGAGGUUGUGGGAUUUGGAAACAAAGACUUGCGUGAAAUUCUUUGCACAUAAUGACUACGUGACUUGCGUGCAGUUCAACCCCAUGGACGAAGAUUAUUUCAUUACUGGCUCUCUUGAUGCUAAGGUCAGAAUGUGGAACAUCUCUGCACGUCUCGUUGUGGAUUGGACUGAUAUACAUGAAAUGGUUACUGCUGUUGCUCACACCCCUGAUGGCCAGGGUGUUCUAGUCGGUACACAAAAAGGGAAUUGUCGAUCUUACACCAUAGAAGAUUACAAGUUAUCUCAAUCUGGCACAAUCGAGGUUCGAAGCAAAAAGACAGCUCAGCUGAAGAAAAAGGUUAAUGGUUUCCAGUUCGCCCCAAACAAUCCAUCAGAAGUGCUCAUUACAUCAGCUGAUUGUAGGAUAAGAAUUGUGGAAGAUUCACAAGUUGUUCAAAAGUAUAAAGGCUUUAGAAAUACAAGCAGCCAAAUUACAGCUGCAUUUACUCCAAAUGGAAGGUAUAUCAUAUGUGCAAGUGAAGACUCUCAAGUGUAUGUUUGGAAGCAUGAAGAGUCUCGCAGUGCAGGCCCUGGAAAAGCCAAAACUGUGCUUAUUAAUCAAGCUCACGAGCACUUCCCAUGUAAAGAUGUUUCAGUAGCAAUACCUUGGCCUGGUACCGUAAGGGGUGAUCCACCACCAAUGCCAGGGCCUAACCCCAAAAAAAACAACCCUAAACCCGUAAAAGAUCAGGACACUGCCUCUGGCUCACCCAGCAAGAGAAUGUUGCCACCUCUUCCAAAGAAAAGUAACAACAAUGCCAUAGAAAGUUCCCCGGACUCCCCAGAUAAUAGUGACCCUGCAGCAAUUUCACACACAGAAUCUGGAAUUGGAGAUUCACUUGGGAACAGUAAGAGAAUGUUGCCACCUCUUCCUCAGAAAAGUAACAACCAGCCAGUAGAAAGUGACAACAUAGAAGAAGAACUUGAGGCAAUUACUCGGACAGACACAGGAUUAGGUGAUUCAUUUGCUUCAGGCUCAUCAUCACUUAGGUAUGGUGAUUCAGCUAGUAUAUCUGCUGCAGCUUCUCCAUCAACAUCAUCUAUGUCUUCCAAUUAUUCAUCUAAUGAUGGUUGCAAUGGUGCCUCAGCAAUGCAUCCUUCAGCAUGGGGCUUGGUAAUUGUGACAGCUGGGUUUGGAGGUGAAAUUAGGUGUUAUCAGAAUUUUGGCCUGCCUAGAAGGGUGAGGCAGACCAAUCUUUUUAUGGGUCCUAGUUAAUAUCUUUUUCCAUGCAUAAUUAACUUAGCAGCUUUUUCCCUCUCUGGAAGGGAGGAACGGGAGGUGAUAAAUGUGUAUUCACCUUUUUCUCUUUAGAUUUGCUUGUGAUGUCGCAAUUUUGGUACCUGUAUGGUUGUAUGUAUCCCUCUGGUUAGUAAGCCAUACCAACAUUGUAUAGACAAAAUACAAGAUAUGAAGUUGACAUUCAAACUCAACUCAUUGAAAGAAUUGACAUCAUAAAUUAGAGAUAUUAAGUUAAGCAAUUUUUUUUCC